UUAGUCACGUGAUUAGAAAUACAACGGCUACUAUGGAAAGUAAACAUUGGAGUGGAAUAAUUUUAUAUUUGGUUGAAAAAUCUUGAUUUUAUCCACAAAUCUGACCGAAAUCAUGCAGAAAAAGACGAUAUAGAAGCAAAGAAAGACAUUAAUAAUCUUUUUGUGCAAUAAAACAAGAAAUCGCGUUCUUUUACGGGAUAAUUCGGUGGUUCUAUUUGGUGCAGAUCCAGUGAAAGUUGUAUGCGUGCCAUACAUAAUGAUGGCUGCUGUUCAUUCAAGGACAAUUCCUGCCGAUCCUGGCUUUCAAACGAAUCGUUCAGAUGGUGGAUUAGUUGCAGACCGUCCUAAGCCAAGGAUUAAACCAGAAGCUAUGAUGAUUGCUAUCAAAAAUCAAGGAACUUUGGGACAACUUUUUAACCCAUAUUCAAAACCACCAUCAUUACGAAGUACCAGAAGAUCAGGUACGCCUGAGGUGAAGCGAGACUUCAUCAGGGAAAACACAAAGCAAAUUAAAAACAUUCAAAAAACUAAUCGUGAAAGUGAAGCAGCUUUGAGUUCAAGAGAGACAUUGAGGACUCCUCCUCAGAAAAAUGAUAAAUAUGAACAUGUUGAAUCUAAAGUUGCCCAGGAAGUGAAGGGUAUUCCUCAGGCUCCAAGGUCAACAUCAAAAUCUUUUCUUCGUAAACACUUGCGUAGUGGGUCACCUGUGCGUGAUCGUCCAGCUUCCGCAAGAUCACAUGUGCCUCCUGAGGAUAAACAGAGUGUUCCGAGGCCAAGUUCUGCUGUAGCUAAGGAGAAAGGCAAGACAGCCAAGGUCAAUCAUAUUUCGAACAAUAUCCGUCGGGUGACUUCGUCUCCAGGCCUACGACGUCGUGCGCCUGCGGUCAUAGCCAGUGAGGAGCUGGAGAGGAAGAAGACUGAGACCGAGACGAAAUACAAAAGAGGCGAAGUCCCGAGCUACUUAAGGAAGCGACAAGAACAAUGGAAAAGUGAGGAAGAUGAAAGAAUAAAGAACAUGCCUGAUCCCAGCAUUCCACCGGGUCACACCCUCAUGCCACGUGAUGAACGACUGCAAACCCUCGAGCUUCUUAAGAAAAAACAAAAGGAGAUGACAGCGGAGCUCAACUCUCUCCCUGUCAGCUGCGACACACUUCGUAUCAAGCAAAGAAAAAUGGAACUCGAAAUUAAACUGCGGGAAAUUGAAAACGCGUUGAAAAUAUUUUCAAGACCCAAGGUUUUUGUGAAAAUAGAUUCGUGACGACGGUGGAGAAAGGACGCGUUGAAUAAGUCUUAAAGGAAUAUGUCAGUAUAGAUGAAGGAGAAUGAAUGACAAGAUAUUUAUCCCGGGAGAAAACGUAUUUGAAAUAUAUGCAAAGCUUGCAAGUUGGAAGACACAGGCCGAAAUGUAUUGAAAUGAGAGAACUUUAAGCGACGAAAAAUGUCAAAAAAAAGUUGUAAAUCCACGGAUAAAAAGCUGUACAUAAACUAAAUGUUGUUGGCCACGCAUUCUCUGAUCAUGAUGUUUCCUUACCUCAAAGUGUAUUAGAAAUCGUUUUGGAAAAUGUAUUAAAAAU